ACAGGCGGAACGAAAACAAAAUGCGAUAGUUUAACUUCACUGCUGAGCUGUGAUCAAUGACAGCGUUAUCAAGGCUUCCCGGCUGAUUUCACCGACCGUUUAUGUAAAUGUUAUUUCUUUGUACCUGAAACGUGCGGUAGUAACAUAGGAUCAACCAUGCAGUUCUCUCCUAAUAACGGAGAUUUCACAUUCGUCUCCUCGACAGAGGCUGAAGAGCUCAGCGGCACCAUCAGUGCCCCGGACAUUAAACUAAGCAUGGGCACAGAGAGUGGUAAAGACCCAUAUGCCACCACCUUCCUGAGGCAGCGAGGCUACGGCUGGCUGCUGGAGGUGGAGGAGGAUGACGGUGAAGAGAGCAAACCUCUUCUGGAGGAGCUGGACAUUGACCUGAAGGACAUCUAUUACAAGAUUCGAUGUGUGUUGAUGCCAAUGCCAUCGCUUGGUUACAACCGGCAGGUGGUCAGAGACAACCCGGACUUCUGGGGCCCUCUGGCCGUGGUGCUGCUCUUCUCCAUGAUCUCCAUCUAUGGACAGUUCAGGGUUGUAUCUUGGAUCAUCACCAUCUGGAUAUUUGGAUCACUAACAAUCUUCCUGCUGGCUCGGGUUCUCGGUGGUGAGGUGUCCUUCGGCCAGGUUCUUGGAGUGAUUGGAUAUUCCCUUCUUCCUCUCAUCGUUAUAGCCCCUCUGCUCUUAGUGAUCGGAGGGUUUGAGGUGGUUUCUACACUUAUCAAACUGUUCGGAGUGUUCUGGGCUGCUUACAGUGCUGCUUCGCUGCUCGUCGGAGAUGAAUUUAAAACGAAGAAGCCCCUUCUCAUCUAUCCCAUUUUCCUUUUGUAUAUCUACUUCUUAUCGCUAUAUACUGGCGUGUGACUGGACGAGUUGAAACUGUGGACCUUUUCAUGGACAGUGACCCUGGAGCAUGGGAGAAAAAAGUCAAACUAUGGAACCAGGAUUUUUUAAAAAGGUGUUUAUUUCUUUCUUUUUUCUUUUUUUUUUUAACUCUAUUAAAUUUAGACAGUUGGGAUGUUGGGGAUAUAUAUCAAUGUAUAUAGUUUUUGUCCCUGAUAGCUGGUCAAUAAAAUGCACAUGGUUUUACAGCUUAAAAUUCUGUAUGCAGACUUCUCGUUCUCCAGUGCAGUACAGUCCCCUGGUCCUGCUUUUACCUGUAGAUCAUGAAGCAGGACGUAGUGACGCGGUUGUAUGUUAAUUUAAUGACUGUUUUUUACUCUAAUCGUGCUGAAGAAUGUGGUGCCAAAUAUUUGUGUGUAUACGUUUGAGGGAGAGUUUAAGAAAAGAGACGGCACCACACAGACAGAAAUAAAAAGAUUGUUGAGCAUAAUGUCCUUCAUUGGUUUGUACUGUAUGUACUAUGAGAAGUGUCCAUUUCGGCUUUUCCACAGACUUGUUUUCUUAAUUUAUGGAUGUCAGCUGCAGAAGCAGGUCAGCUGGGGCAGUUGGUGAUAGAAACCAUCGUCUACUAAAUGUGGUGCCUUGUUUUCCCACCCGUGUCCUGUUUGUCACCAGUUUAAUACAGGAAUAUAAUCCUUUGAUCAAUAAUUACAGUAAAUUCAGUUAUUUCUCACUUAACCAUCUGGUGUUUCCUGACUGAUUGCUGUAUUAUACUAUACCUUUAACACAGCUGGUCACACUAAUGUAUUAAACAGUGUUGAUUAUU